AUGGAAGGACAGCUCACUGUUUACGGCUAUAGAGCAGAGAGGAAUACCAAAGAGAAGGAGUCAUCGUAUAUAGGUCCGUGUUAUCGUUGUCUGUUUCCAACGCCCCCACCACCUCAAGCUGUGGGUAGUUGCUCCUCUAACGGAGUAGCCGGUCCAGUACCUGGGGUUAUUGGUACUCUUCAAGCUUUAGAGGCGAUUAAGAUUAUAGUUGGUAUGACACACGACAAAUUGCUGGUCGAGAGAAUGCUGCUUUUCGACGGUGAAGAUAUGACAUUCAAAACUGUGAAUCUUCGAGGCCGUAAUGCGCAAUGUGCCGUGUGUUCAGAUACACCCAGCAUUACGCGGCUCGUAGACUACGAGGUGUUUUGCCAGUCACAGGCUAAAGAGAAGGAUCUAGACCUUCACAUUCUACCACCAGCUAACCGAAUAUCCGCUUCGCAAUUAUCCGAAAGUCUGAAGCUGCGCACAGACUCGAACCACGAAGAGCGCCAUCUGUUGGUGGACGUGAGAAGCGAGCCGGAGUUCGACAUGUGCAGAAUAGAUGGCGCUGUCAAUUGGCCUAUAGACAGUUUGAGAGAUGAAAAAUUUGAGGAGCUACUCGAAAGGAUAAGAAUGUGUACUCAUCGAGUCGUAUUCAUCUGUCGGCGGGGUAAUGAUUCUCAGAUUGCCGCGAAGAAGGUUCUAGACGCUAUAGAAGAUUCACAUAGAGGGAAGGUAGCUGACCUCACCGGGGGACUUCACGCGUGGGCAAGGAACGUCGAUAAAGAUUUUCCAGUUUAUUAA